ACGCGCGCUGCUCACUUCAAUCCACCUGUUCACACCUCUGCGCUCGCGCAUUUAGCGAGGCUUCGUGCGCGCGGCGGCGGUUCCCCACAUGACCGCGGCGGAUGGAGCAUCCGAGUCCUUCUCCUCACGCGUCUGUUGGUUCGGCUUUUUGCGCAUCCGCUCCUCUGACUGAACGCAGCGGCUGCAGCGGCGGCGGCGGCGCAGACUGCGCACUGAUUUGAGACCCGAGCGUCACGUCGCCGCGGCGCGGAGGACGCGCGGCCGAUCAUCUGGAGAGCUCUGUGGAGAGAUUGUGGCAAACGGGCGUCAUGGUGCCAAAGCCGCCGCGGCAUUCCAUGGCGCCGUGAGAAGUUUAGCCCUCCUCACCCCCCCUUUCCCAUUCCCCCCCCUCCUCCUUUUUUUCUGUUUUUGGGGGGGUGUUAUAGAUGUUUUUCGGCGGGAUCGGGCUUCCGUGGGGAAUUUUCCGCCGUCUCCCCCUACAAUUAUGUUCACUUUUGCUGCCUUCUGCUACAUGCUGUCUCUGGUCCUCUGCGUGUCUCUCAUCUUCUUCGCGAUAUGGCACAUAACAGCCUUUGAUGAGCUCCAGGCUGACUUUAAGGUGCCGAUUGAUCAGGGGAAUCCACUCCACGCGAGAGAGAGACUGAGAAACAUCGAGAGGAUCUGCAACCUGCUGAGGAAGUUGGUGCUGCCAGAGUACUCCAUCCAUGGGCUUUUCUGCAUCAUGUUCCUGUGCGCACAGGAGUGGCUGACCGUUGGGCUCAACAUCCCCCUCCUCUUUUACAACACAUGGAGCAGGUACUUUCACUCCCCAACGGACACCAAGGAGCUGCUGUACGACCCCGCAUCUGUGAUGAACGGCGACACGCUCAAGUUCUGCCUGAAGGAGGCCUGGUGCAAACUGUCCUUCUUCGUCCUCUCCUUCUUCUACUAUCUCUACUGUGUUUGGAACCUGGAAAUAUCCCUCUAUUAGGUCUAAUCAAUGGAAACAUUUCAAGUAUGAUCUACUCCUUGGUUACCUCAUAAACAGCCACUGUAUUAGCAACCAGGGAGAAACGCCUCUGGAAACCUUUUAUACAACAGAGUGCCGGUCCAGAGGACAAAUUAAAAUGAGACCAUGAGAUUUUUUUUUUUUUUUCGAGGUGAAGCUAAAAAAAAAAAAAAAAAGAAGAAUCAACUGAGUUCAGAGCUGCUUCUCUGCUUCACAAAGAAGGCUUUGCUUUCGCCUGUGUGUGAAAACCGAAGACUAAAUCUACUGUUUACAGUCUGCUGAAGGGAGACCAGAGAUUUUCACUGCCUGACCAACAUUGGUAACAAACACGUUUAAAGAGGCGUUCAAAGGCCUCCUCUGGGAUGCUGCGGCGUGCACUGCAGACGUGGUCCGGAGGAUGAAAAAGCACAGCGGCGUUUGCACAGUGAAGCGCCCGUUCACCCUGCUCAGCACCGCGCUCCACUGACUAUAGCGAUCAACAGUGCAGAGGAGAAAAAAAACAUGGGUCAAGCGGGGUGACCACUACAAAGAGAGGUGAGGUCUAGCAAAAAGCACCAGAGCAAGAUAACUCUGCUGACAUUUUCCCGGAAGUUUUCCUGGAAGUUCACCAACGGCAGGAUUUCUAUCUAACAUUAAUGGCUUUUUGUGACGAGUGCUUUCUGUGUUUUCUUCAAAGAAUGACGUUAUCUUCUAACCGAUCCACAGUAGUCUAAGCAGCAAAUGCCUUUUUUCCGUGUUGUGCUGGUGUCAUUGUGGGAAAUUCUUUUGAAACCUAUCCCCCAAACCCAUCGAAAGCUUUUUGUAGUAGCCGAGCACACAUUCUUUGCACAAACAGUGUCUUUGCUGUUGCACAAUGUUCGCAAUAUUUGGGCUCAAUAUUCGAGGAAAUGUACAACGCUCUAGCCAUGUAGGUGAAGGUCUUCCAACCUGUAAAGAACUUCUCGGCCUCGUUUGAAGGCAGGGAAACAAUGUGAAUAUUUUCUAGCGCUCUCUUUAGGUGACGGACCAAAAUGGGUUUUUUUUUUGUUGUACUCUACGGAAAUGGAAAUACAGUAAUUCAGGAGAAUCCUUAACGCUGUUUUGUCCUGGAAACUCCACUUAAAAGGACAAAUAUUACCUUUUUUUAACCUUUAUGAUGUGAACAUUGGUGUAAAGGUAAUACACAGCGAUGUAUUCCUCAGAUGAAGCUCUCGAUAAUCAAAAUUGCAGCUGGAAUAAAUAUACGUUUUUUUUUCUCCCCAACCUCUUUCACCUGCAAAACAACUGAACGCGUUUUGACUUGUGUAUGUGCACAAGUAUUAAUCCAAUGAGUUUUAUCCCACUGUAUGAAUAGUGGGGAACUGUCUACCAGUUGGCCAUCAAGAGACACCUCGGUGAAAGACGGAACCACUUUUUUGAAGAGUUCACCCAUGCUGUGCACUCACAAGCUAACUGAGAAUACAGCCUAAAGAGGGGCAACAACAAAAUCCGUCAAUCAGGGGGAGUUAGUGAAACAUUUCACUUACUUUGGUCAACUUAUAUUGGACAGGAAGUACUAAAAUGUACACAGACCAGGAAGAAAAUAAAGCAUGAAAAGUGGUUAUACUAUCAUAUAUUGUUACACACCUUCACCUCUUUACUUUAUUGUUUCUUUAUCUAUACCUUUUGUGUCCUGAUUGGAUGCAUAGAGUGCUUGAAGGCCGGAUAAGCGGAUAAAUCGUUGGAUCCCAAACAGACAAAGGCUACCACUCGCUUCAACUUUGAAUUAAGAUAAGUGCAACACUACCUGGAGAAAAUCCUUAUGGGCAAAAGGGAAAUCAUAAAAACUUCAUGGAAUAAGUAUCACAACAUUGUGAAAGUUCAUCCAAAAAGAUAUCUAGCCACUUUUUCAUGGUUUAUAGUUCUGUGGAUGUGAGCCGUUGACAUCACUCUCUUAGUUUAUAUCCACUUUUUGGUGAUAUAGUCUGUAUGUGUUUCCUCCGUGAACAACCCUAAACCCUCAUAUUCAACUAAACUAGGGAUGAUUUGUUUAAUUCACACCAAUCUUCACGUGAACCUUCAAAACUACCCAACCAAACCUUGGGCAAACAAGAGCCCUUUGGGAUGGACCGUGGAGCGCUCGUGUGAUCACUCAAACGGUUGAUCCCAGGUGUCCAAAGAUAAAAAACAAAUAUGUAAAAAUAGAAGAAGAGGAUACACGAGGACAGCACAUUCGCCAUGGUCCACAGGAGUAUUUCUGUAGGUCUGACAACACAAUAGUCAGCAUCUGUUUCCAGAAAAUUUCAACAAUGUCUUGUAAUACUUUGAAAUUGCACUUGAGAGAUCCAUAAACACUGCCACCAUGACACUCACAUAGCUGAUUUAUAGCUUCCACUUGUAAUUAAAGACUAGAAUCUCAGUUUAAUGUGAUGCCAUUCAUUUCUGUGGGACAGCAGAGGUGAUCUCAGGGUGCUUUACAUAGAAAUAAAGAUCAGUAAAAAAAACUGGAGUUUAGUUCAUUCCAAAUCAGACUCAAUUGUUUUUUUUUUUUUGGAAUAAAAUCAAGCAUAAGCAAUUCUAAUUUUGAUUCAGUUCAGUGCAUUUUAUUAUAAAAACAAUAACAAGAUGCCCUCAUUGAAAUGUACUUUUUCACAAUACCAUCACAAUUUCCCCUUUUCAGCUCGACUAAAUUAUGCUGUAAUAGCACAAACAGUGUGGAUGUAGGUAGCCUUUCAGCAUACACAUGCUGACCGAUCUGUAUGAACUUCACCCCCAGAGAAGACAUUUUUUCUCUUACCCCAACUUGAGCAUUUCUUUUUUUUAUUCUGUACAUGUAUAUGAUCAAGUUCAAUUUCAAUAUUGUUUAUGAAAUAAAAUAUUUAAAAUCUAAA